AUGAGCUGUGGGGCUGUUCAAGAUUCCCGCGCAUGUCUUCCGGAUGCUGGGAAAAGUGAGUACUCAACUCCACCCUCAACGCCACCUUUUGGCGGGCGUGAUUGCUGUGGGUGUGCCGCUUAUUUUGUCAGCAGCCGCCGCCAGGAGUCUGUUGGCGUUAGCGUCGAAAUGUGGCAGCUACACGCGAAGGUGACCCCGUAUCAAUUGAGGCGUGCACUAGUGGGAGGCGCUGCCUUGAUGACUCUGACUGUUCUCGCAGCCUUCGGCUUUUACUUGGACCAGCGCCACGACUGCGGCCGAUUUGUUUGUUUGUUUGGGAGAAGAUUUUCCAUCAAUGAGUUUCCCACUCAUGGACUCCACACACACGAAGCAGUGUAA